CAAUGGGCGGCAUCCUGGUUAGCCUCCCCUGCUGAUGGGAGUGGAAGAUCCCUCUCUCUUUCCUUUGCUAAUCUUGCCUGCAGAAGAUUCUCACAGAGGUUUCCUGGGUGCUUUCUUCUGCUCAGGGCUUGUUUGGGUCCAUAAUCUAAAGGCACAUGAUUUUAAUUGUUUAAGUCAGUAUUUUCCAGACAUAAAUAUCAAGUUACUUACAUAUACAUUCUGUUUUUGUCAUGAUGGACCUUGACAUUUGCUGGUCUGGUUUAUUGCUUGAAAUAUGCAGAUACAAACGCUGAUCGAGACUAUACAAAUGACCCCUACUAUACAAGGGAUGAAAGUUGUUGAGAACUUUUUCCCUCUAAAAACGCAGAUCAUCUUUUUCUAUUGACAUCUGUAUUCUGGAUGCUACUUGAGUUGCAGUUUCUACAAGAUGAGUCGCCGUGGCAACAACUGGGCCUACACUGAGGUCAUUGACCUUCUGGAUAUUUGGGGAGAGCAGAAGAUCCAGAAGUUGCUUCAGAGUAGCUAUCGAAAUAUGGACACAUUCCAGGUCAUUGCAAGUGAGAUGGCAAAACGGGGACACGAGCGUACAGCACAGGAGUGUCGGACCAAGACAAAAACAAUGCGCAGGGAUUACAAAAAGGCCAAGGACAACUCUUGCUCUGGGACUGGACGUAUCAUGUGCCCUUUUUAUGAGCAACUGGAUAGGAUAUUGGCUGGGGAUUCUAGCUUCCAGCUGCCUCGGAGGCUACAGAAUAUCACUCUGCCAGAGGAGUCUUCAGGGGAUACCAAUUCCCCGUGUCCCAUGGUAGAGGGAGUGGUGCCAGUGAUGAACGAGGAUUACGUGGAGGGCCAGGAUCCGUGUUCUCCGUGCACGCAGAUACCUGUCGAAAUCUCUGAUUCUGCCACAUCCAGUCCCAUGUUCUACGUGACGAGGGGAGCAUCUGCCAAACCUGCAAGCAUGUCUUGGCCAGCAGCAAAAGUUGAUCAUCUGGCUCCUUCCCUUCCAUCUUUCUUCUCUACUAAUCCAGGCAGCUCAUCAACCAAAAGCUCAAGAAUGGAUGUGGCUAUACCAUCGUCGCCGACUCUGCUGCACAACUGUGCAACCCUUUCUUCUGAUGGGCACCUGACAAGAGUCCGAAAGCGUCAAAGGAAAACGAGGAAUGACUUGGUCAUGGAACUGUCAAGGAUAGCAGACAGGAGGGUUCAGACAGCCACAGACCGGAUCCUGUCCUCUCUGAAUAGGUAUGCUACGGCAGACUUGCAGGACCGUGAGAGAGACCGGGCAGACACUGCGCAAAUCAUUGCAAUCAUGCACCGCCAGACAGAACUGUUGGAAUCACUGGUGCAGAUGCAGUCUGUCGAACAGAGUCCAGUUUCACCUGCACCCUCGUGGCAUGCCCGGCCUCGUUCUGCAAUUUCUCCUCCCUCUCGCUCAGGUGUCCCAAGGCGGACGCUGAUGCCAAGGGUAAAUCACAGGAGAAGGCCCCAGAAGUACAGCCCUUGAUUGCAUGGUUGCAAUUUUGUCUCCUCUUACGGUUUUUGUAAUCUUUCAUUCAAUACCUUUGAUUGCUUAUAUCUCUUAAAACAUGAUGUAUCAGCUUCCCCUUUAAUUAAAAAUGUCCCAUUAGCAUCUGGGAAGAGGUACAGUAAUGCAGUGGCAAGCAUCAGACAGUACAUCUCUUCCACCUAACCAUUUCUCCUCCUCUCAAAGUUGGAGCCAACUUGUCCUCUUCUGUGGAUACAGGAUAAAGUUUACAUCAUCCUAAUGGAAGUAGUUUCAAGUGGGUAGUCAUGUUGGUCUGCUGUAGAAGAGUAAGAUUUGAAUCCAGUAGCACCUAAAGAUCAACAAGAUUUCCAGAGUAUUAGAUUUUAAGAGU